CGUGUUUAGCUCAGCCUCAGACAGCUUUUGACGCAGCCGAAUUGACACCAAGUAUUUUCGCCGCGUGGAGCAAAGAAGCGCUUAACAUGCCUGGAAUCCUCCUGGGGGACGUGUUUCCCGACUUUGAGGCCGACACCACCAUCGGCCGGAUUAAGUUUCACGAUUUCCUGGGCAAUUCAUGGGGUAUCCUGUUCUCACAUCCGAAGGACUUCACUCCCGUGUGCACCACCGAGUUGGCGUGUGCCGCCAGUCUCAGCGACAGUUUUGCCAAAAGAGGUGUCAAGAUGAUCGCCCUGUCCGUGGAUAGCGUGGAGGACCAUCAUGGGUGGAGCAAGGAUAUAAUGGAUUUCAACAGUCAGGCUUCCGGUCCUUUGCCCUUCCCCAUCAUUGCCGACCACAAGAGGGAGCUGGCCACCAAGCUUGGAAUGCUGGACCCCGACGAGAUUGAUGGCGAUGGCAUCCCGCUCACCGCUCGCUGCGUGUUUGUGGUCGGGCCUGACAAACGUCUGAAGUUGUCCAUCCUCUACCCCGCGACUACCGGGAGAAAUUUUGAUGAACUGCUGCGUGUUAUCGACUCAUUGCAGCUCACCGCGCAGAAGAAGGUGGCUACACCAGUUGACUGGAAGCCCGGAGACAAAGUCAUGGUGCUUCCCAACAUUUCCGACGCCGAUGCCGCAGUUCUUUUCCCCCAAGGUGUGACCACUAAAGAGGUGCCUUCUGGGAAAAAAUACAUGCGCUACACUCAGCUGUGAAGACCACCUCCCCAUUGAGUACACCCUUUCCCUAUCGAGUUAAACUAAUACACAGCAACACCAAACCCAUAAUUAGUGCCUUUUGUACAAUCAUUUAAUAAACAAUCUUUGGACUUAAAUUGAAA